AUAAAAAUACGGUGAAUGCUUUAUAACAAUUUACACUCUUUUUUUGCAUACACAAUCAGACGUGCAGCAUUAAAGUUUUAACUCGAGUUUAGUAAGUUUAGGUACGUACGUUGGAAUAAUUUUCGGUCAAACUUGGAAGAAAUUUUACGUGGUUUUUCAAAUUCAAGGUAAACGUGAUUCACAUCAAAUGGAUAGGAGAGUAAACGUGAAGUGGAUUUACGCGAUUGGUGUUGUUUUAAUCAUCACAAAUGCAGUGUCUGGAGUCAUUGGUGUCAAACCGGAUAAUUGUCCAAUCACAACACAGGAAACAGACGAUCCAGAAUCCGAUUGUGAAUGUUGUCCUGCAAUGAGACAAAUGUGUCAGUGUACUUGUAAUAUUGUGAAAACCAGAGAUUACGUAUACGACCGAGUUUUUCCAAUCACUAAAGGAAAUGAUGGCACAGUUGAGCUAAAAUUCCAAGUGAAAGGCAAUCGCGACGCUAAUCUGCUGUUUUCACAAGAGGCGUUCACUAAAGAUGGAGACCCAGCUCAUGAAAUAGUACUGAGCGCUACACAUGGUCAUAAUAACCACACAUCAUGGCUCCGAAAUACGAAAAAUGUAGAAACAGGAAGAGUUGAAACAUUUUUGGAAGAAUCUCAGGUGUCUCCCACGGAAUGGAGAGAAUUCUGGGUUCGAAUUAAAAAUAAUAGAGUAGAAGUAGGAAGAAAUGGUAGACGCGCAUUCUUGGUAUCAACAAAUUCAAGUAGUUAUUUACACAUUAGAUAUUACGGCGUUGCGGGUUAUAAAAAUGCUAAUCUUUUAUGGAGCCUUCCUUGUAUGGAGGAAAAAGAUUUCUGAUGGUGAGAUUUUUGUUGACAUGCGGUAUUCUUGUUUUAAAUCACAUACUGCCGAUGCAAUUAUCAGUAAUUGACUGAAUAAAAAGUUUUCAAGAUUAAA